AUGAUAAUGAGAACUGGAUAUUAUAUCUUUAGGAAGCAGCAGCAUGAUUUGAGUAAAUGGUUAAAUAUUCUAGCUGAGCUUCUUUGCUUUGGUGACCGUGAGUUCUACAAAGAUUGGUGGAAUGCAAAAACUGUGGAGGAGUAUUGGAGAAUGUGGAAUAUGCCUGUUCAUAAAUGGAUGGUCCGCCAUAUUUAUUUUCCAUGCUUACGGAAUGGAAUACCUAAGGGAGUUGCUGUUUUGAUUUCCUUCCUUGUAUCUGCCAUUUUCCAUGAGGUAUAUGCACACUUUCACAGUAAUCAGAUUUCGGAUGUGAAACUGAUUGGCUUCCCUCCUUGA